AUAUCCCCUUGCAUUGUACGUGUUACGUGCGGAAGCGUUAGUCGUCGAAGAAGGGGAAAUAUAUGCGAUCAGUGCUGAGAGCUUGCAUGCAGCCCGGCAGCGUGUCUCGCGCGUGAAGCGAAAGGUGCAGAGUUUUUUUCUUCGUCUUCGGCAAUUGACCCAGCGCAGGAAAAACAUCAGGAGAGACCAAGUCAAAGAGCCGGACAUGCAGGCAAGUCACGGACAGGCGCAAAGCAAGAGUGGGAUUUGGCUGGGAGCGCCUCGUUGCGGCCGCGUAAAUUGAGAGCAUGUCUGUCAUCGCGAUGGAGGGGGGGGGACUCCUCUGGGCCAGGCUGGUCGGGCUAGUGCGUGUGCGUGUGGCGCUGGCGCAGGCUGCAGCUGAGCAUUUGGAGAAUUUCGGAUCGGCAGAAGCACCAAUGAAAAUGUUCCGCGCCGACGAGGUAUGGGGGUGCUGGGCCACAGCCCACGGACAUCGAACUGCGAGUCCGUGCCUAAAGUCGUCCUGGACAGUGUGGUGCAUCGGGGGCCCGGGAGUCCGAGGCGUGCAGGGCCCUUGGGUGCGACGUGGUGGUGGACGUGUGCUCAGCGAGUUGGGUGCUUGCUCGUCCUGUGUGCCGGGAAAAGUUGGGGGGUCGAGUGGGUUUCGGUGGUGAACAGGCAGCUAUGACGAGAGGUGGAGAGGCAUGGGCCACGGGCGGCGCCAGGCUAGGAGCAGGUAGUGUAGCGCCUGAGCUUGGUGGCUCUCUCCAGCACACAGGCCAG